GAGGCGCUAAAACACUCACACAGCCCAGAAGCCCAUUAUCAUCUCCAGUCGCGUUAUUACAUCCAUGCAAAAAUAGACAAGGAAAUUACAAAACAUACAAAAAAAGGAGGAAAACUGAUGGAGGAGUACGCACGUAUUUUUAUAGGAGGAGUGAGUGAGUGAGUGAGAGAGUGAGAGAGAGAGAGAGAGAGAGAUAGGAGGAGGAGGGACAGAGCGCAAGAGGGAGGGUGAGCAACACGAAAUUCAUUGCAAUUAAUAAUAAAAAAGAGUUGGCAGUCGUGCUCGGAAAACUGGCAUGGUUUUUGGGAGGCUGGCAGUUCAAAGUUGAAACGUCAGAAAUGACUCCAAAAGACUGUUGAGAUGAUCAUUAAGGGAGACUUAGAUCGGAUGGCAGAAGAGAUCGGGCAUCCAGGUAUUGGUCUGAAGUCGAUGCUGGAUGCCAUGGAAGUCCCAAGUCAUGCUAGGCACCUCCUCUUGCAAUUGAACACACAACGAACCAAAGGCUUCUUAUGUGAUGUUAUCAUUGUGGUGCAGAAUGCACUGUUCCGUGCUCACAAGAACAUCCUGGCAGCCAGCAGCCUCUACCUUAAGUCUCUUGUUGUUCAUGACAAUCUCAUCAAUCUGGACCAUGAAAUGGUCAGUCCAGGUGUGUUUCGAGUCAUUCUUGACUAUAUUUACACAGGACGCUUAAGUGAAGGUGACCCCACCUCACCAACUGAGCCAAAUAUAGGUGCAGUGCUGGCGGCUGCGAGUUACCUGCAACUGCUGGAUCUGGUGACUCUAUGCAAGAAGAAGCUGAAGAGGAAUGGGAAGUACCAUUUACGUCCUAACCCUGGGUUUUUACCAUACAAGAUAGACCCCAGUGGCAUGGGGGGAAGGCGGUUUCGAAUAUCUCCCCCUGUCAUCCACUCAGUAGUGAGCACCCCUCGACCUACACCAUUAGAGGACCUUCCCCCUCUCCCACUGCCCCCCCAUGGCGGAGAGAUUUAUGCACCAGCUCACACCCAGGGUCCACCACCAUACCCCCCAGCAAAGGCAUCCCUUUCGCCACAGUCAGGCCUGCGCUUGGCCCCUACUGACAGGAACUGCUCAUCUGUCUAUGGCCUUGACUUGUCCAAGAAAAGCCCCCAAUCCCAGCAUCCUUCUGGUCAUCCCCACUUGAUCUCCUCACUUCACCCAGAGGAGGGGCCUGAGGGGGAGAUAGACCAAAGCACCAGCCCUUUGCUCAGUCCUAACGAUGGUUCCAGAAAAAUGGAGGCAGCCCAUCAUGCGGGGUCUCUCACCCCUCAUCCCUUCCCCCUACCCAAUCAUCCACUUGCACCUCAUCUUCCCCACCUGCACCGUCCUCAGGGCCAAGAACCUUACCCCUGCCCUCCCAGCCCAGAACCCAUGGAGGACUCCAGAGAACAAGGUCGAGAUGGGUCCAGCAUCUAUCGGUGGGUGAAGAAUGAGCCUUCCAACCCAGAGGACGAAGAUGAGGAGGACGAAGACGAUGACAGUGGAGGAAUGGGUGAACAGGAUAAAGAGAGACACCACCAGCACGUGAACCACCAUAAGAAUAGCGAGGAAAAGCUGAAUAUGAGCGAGCUGGGCUAUGACAGGGGGACUUGCGAUGAUGCAGAGGAUGAGAAUGGGACCGGCAGCGAGGAGACGGGGAGCAGUGGGGGUCGUCCAUCUCCACCUGUUCCAGGUGGAAGAUAUCACAUGCCGUACGAGCCAGAGAGUUUCGGGGACAACUUGUACGUGUGCAUCCCUUGCGACAAAGGCUUCCCCAGCUCAGAGCAGCUUAAUGCUCACGUGGAAACGCAUAAUGAGGAAGAGCUAAAUAAUGGGAGUGAGCUGGACAACAACAGCAGCAGCAAGCCUACCAAUGCCCAUGGACCUACAAGCUUGAACAGCACUAGUGGCCUCCACAGCCCUUUCCUAGACAACAAGUUGGCACAAAACCACCAUUCCAUUGGACUUGGGGAGAUCAUACGACCAUAUCGCUGUUCUUCCUGUGACAAGUCUUAUAAAGAUCCCGCCACCCUGAGGCAGCAUGAAAAAACCCACUGGCUUACACGCCCAUACCCCUGUAGCAUCUGUGGCAAGAAGUUCACCCAACGUGGUACCAUGACACGCCACAUGCGCAGCCAUUUGGGCCUAAAGCCCUUCGCCUGUGACGCCUGCGGCAUGCGCUUUACUCGGCAGUACCGUCUGACGGAGCAUAUGCGCAUCCACUCCGGAGAGAAGCCCUACGAGUGCCAGGUGUGCGGCGGAAAGUUUGCACAGCAGCGCAACCUCAUCAGUCACAUGAAGAUGCACAGCAGUGUAGCAGCUGGUGGAGGACUGACACCGGACGGCAAGCUAAAGAUGGACUUCUCCGAGGGUAUUUACCCCCUGAGCAAGUACGCCGCUGAGCAUUUGGGUCUGAAGCAGGAGAAAACCUCAGACCUUUUUGCAGCUUCUCAGCACCUGCUGGCUGACACCAAAGUUAUGGAGAGCCUCUACCCGCUGUCAAAGCUGGCUGUGGAACACCUCGGCCUCACCCACAACAAGAUGGACAUCCUGAACCCGUCUUUGCCGCCCACUUCCCAGCAGCUCUCGGCAGAGUCCCGCACCAUUGACCGCUACUCUCCCAGCUAGAGGGGGGAACCACUAACUAUACUUUCUAAAGAGACAUCACUGUAUACCAUUCACAGUAUUCAACUCUCACCUCAUCUUCAUUUGAACCUGCACCUCAAAGAGUGGAGGCCGGAAUGUGUUGGCCAUAAAAAUGCACAAAACUGUUUAGUUCUGAACGUGCCUUUCUUUGCAGAUUUUGCAGUACGUGCAUUUCUUAAAAAAAUUACUUUUCUAAAAAGGAGGAAACUGCUUUAUUUAUAAUCUGUUUUGACCGUUGGACACUCAGACAAUGCAGUAUUUAUAUAUAAUAAUAAUUAAAAAAAACUCUUUUUUGUUCAAUCACCGAGCCAAACAACCAAUUGAAAACCAAAAAGAGAUUGUUUUUUUAUUUAUUUUAUUUUCCUUUUUUUGUAUGAUGAAAAGCCAAAGAGAAAAUGUCAAAUGUUACAAAAGAGAGUUGCAAUCGUACCCUAAACCUGUGUACUAAGUAUUAUUGGUGUAUAUAAAAUGAAAAAGCACAUAUGAACAAUAUUCAGGGCUUCUGUCCAGAAUGGAGAGAGUAAUCUGGACGAAAGAAAAAGCCAAAUCUUUGGGAUUUUAUAGUAAUUGGAGGACUUUUUAUAGACUAUUUUUUCGGAGUACUGGAUCACCUGUAUCUGAUUUUCCAGCUUUGUGAAUGGCCCAGUUUUUUCCAUACUAAAGGGAGCAACUAACUGAAGAGUGUUUGUUCCAGGACUUAGGUAAAGUGAUCUAAGCUUUUCUCUGCAUUGAUAUAGUUAUCCCCUUCAGCGUGGAAUGAUAGUUCACAGAGAGUGCCAUUUCAUUUUUUUUUUUUUUACCUUCAGGUGUAUGGUCCCGAGCUAUUUAGUGUCUUUGUUAAAUUUCCUUUCCUCAGACGCCAAGUGCCUUAAGCUUAUUGAAAAAGUAGCAAGUACUGCCCUGUGAUCUCACAACAACUGGAAUAUCUUUGUGCAUAUUCCGAUCAUGAUAUAACAAUCUGCGUCCACGUGUUUCGGUCCAUCUGGUGCGACAGACCAAGCAUGGGUGGUGCCUUUGAAAAGUCCAUAUGCUUCAGUUGUAUUGCAGUCGACCCCUUUGAAAGAUUCUCUGCAUGACUAGAUGUUUAACGGUCACAGCGAAGGCACUUUUGUGUAUAUAAACAGUGACAUUUUGUAAGUGAUUGAUUCAGCAACACCUUUAAGACCUUUCCUUAUGCGAAAUGUUUGAGAGGGCCUCCUCACCCCUAUUACAGUGCAGUUAAUUUCAGGCUAAUGUGACGGCUUUAACCCUGCGGUGCCUCACUCACACACACACACACACACACACACACACACACACACACACGCGUAAAGCCGUUAAUGUGACAACCAUCUGAACAUGAGGAGCAGGGCUCUCUCUCUCUAUCUGAUACUGUGAGCGCAGAUAGCAGCAGCUGGUCCACUCAGGGUAAGCCCUGUGAAAUCUCAGAUUUUCGAAGACUAUCCGCGCUUGUCUUUUCCACUAAUGUUAGAUUUUAUGCCAGUUGACCAGGCCCUGUGAUCUGAACAUACACCCUAAUCCCCCAGCUACUGCACUAACAUAUCAUAAGCUACACUGACAGCAAUCAAUCCUUCAUUUCUUUCGAGCAACAUGAAACACAGUAGCCAGUUAGGUUCCUUCCCUUCUGUCUUACAAUUCAUCUGCUUUGCCUCUUAAAUAAAUAGUUUUACCAUAGAUGUAAAUGCUCUAAUAAGAUACGGCACCCGCUGUUUUUUAUUCCAAAGACCAUGUUGACAUUUUUGUCUUUUCCUCUGCCAGACCUUAGAGGAAAAAAUUAGUUAACCACUAGUUACAAUUACAACCUCAGUUGGUGAAUGUGAAAACUUAAACCACAAAUGCACUGUGAAAGAACUAGUGAAUCUAAAAGCUUUAGAGCUUUGUGAAUAUUGAACAUGUAAUUUGGGACAAAUUACCUGGGCUUUACUCUGUAGAAUGUCAGCUAUUCAAAGUGUUUCUGUUUUCUUUUUUUAUAUUUUGGUCAGAUUGAACUCUCUUAAUCAAAGCGAAAUGACAUUGGUGCUUACCUCAGGACUGAGCCUAUCAAAGGGUGGGUGACACAAUGCUUUAGCAAUAGUUUAACAUAAAAACACAAAGAUAAUUGCAGUCUGUGUCUUAUACAUUAUACUCCAAGCACACUUUCUGAAGGGAUCUUAUUGUUUUUUUUAAAUGUGGUUAUUUCACAAUGCUAAUAAUUUGUCUUUUCCCCCCCCUUUGAAAUGAUUAUUUGAUUUUUUUUGUUCUGAUUAGCCUAUGCAACUGUCUAUUUUUACAUUAAAGAAAAUACUGUAGUUACACAAUGAAAUGGUAAAUGGCUUAAUUUCCAUAAAAGGCAAAUUUGUAAAUUAAAAAUGAUUUCUUGAUAA